AAGCCAACAGCCAACAUGGUUACUAAGUCCCUGAUCCUGCUCAGUGCCAUAGUGGGUUUCUGCCUGGCAGUCGAUUACUGUGCCUUACCCACUUGUCUGGAUAAGCACAUCGCCUGUAACAACAAAGGGAACUUCAGUGAAAACUGUCCCAAGGAUGUGCGAGAAGUGAAGAUAGAACCCCAUCACAAACUGAUCCUGACUCUCUUCAACGAACUUCGCAACAAUGUGGCUGGGGGCAAAGUAGAAGGCUUACCAAAGGCUAUUCGCAUGGCCAAGAUGUCCUGGUGCGAGGAGCUCGCCCAUUUGGCCCUGCUCAACGUAAAGACCUGUGAAUCCUUGCCUGACAAAUGCCGAAGCACGGAGAGAUUCGCCUACGCCGGCCAGAACAACGCCAUUUUCAGCUACAGUGGAGCCGAGUCGGAGUACACGGAUGCCGAGAUUGUGAAGGAGCAGAUUGAGAACUGGUUCGCCGAGCGGUUGAAUGCCUCUCCCGAGAUCCUUGCCAGCUUCCCGGAGGAGCUGCCCAACAAGAACGUGGCCAAGUUCACCAUUUCUGUCGCCGAGAAGAACACUCACGUGGGAUGUGCCGCUGUUCGCUUCUCCCAGGACUUCUACAACCACUUCGUGCUGACCUGUAACUUCGCCACCUCGAACAUUGUGGGUCAACCCGUUUACACUCCUGGAGAGAAGGCCACCACGGGAUGCAAGAAUCGCUAUGGCGCCGCCUUUGAUUACCCCAGCUUGUGCUACGCCAAGGAGAUCUACGACAACGAGAAGGUUGUCGAAAACACCAGAGUAUUGUAAAUUUAACAGACCUUGUUAAAUGAACAUCAUUAUCAGAAUCCCCUAUUGAACAUGCAAAUAAAUAGCUAAAAGAGCUAAA